GUCAGUCGCAGGAUGAGCGCGAGCGGCAACAGAAUGUGGGCGAGUACAGCCACGCCCAGGGCCAUCUGGAUCAGAAAGGAGCGAGUGGCAGUCGGUUCCAAAAAGUUGGCACGCUGUCCAAGUCUGAGUGGGAGGCUAGCACACUGUACAUGUUCUUCGCCUUCCAGAAGAUGAAAACCAACUGGGACAAGAAUGGGAAACCCGGUCAAGCAGUACAAAGUGACCAAGCGGUUGACCUUCCAUGAGCAGGGUCUGAACGACCACUCGGAUAAGUUGCAGCGGGUCGUCAAGAACGUGCUCAUUCCGCAGGGGUUCGAGUCGUACCAGAAGAAUUAUGUGGCGUUCGUGAAGACGCUCAAAAUCGACGCGGACGAGAAUGAGAUGGGACGGUUCGCGAAGACGGCCAAGCUUGCGCUGGGGGAGACCUUUACUAAAUACGGCAUCAACGACGCCACCUCGAUGCUCGGGCUGCGCGAGGAGGACAAAACGAUCCCGCUGAAGAACCUCACCAUCAAGACGGCCAUCUGCUGGCAGGCGCUGCUCGAGUUCCUCCAGCACACCGAGUCGGACGUGCUGGACGCGUACAUAGUGGAUCUGACGGCGUUUUGCAACUACAUCAAGAACUUUGCGGACACGCCGACGCUGUGCAACUACAUCCGGCAGCUGGCGUACGAUCCGUCGAUGACGACAGACAAGCUGCAGAAUAUGUACUUCCAGUCGAUGAUGCAGGUGCUGCUGGAGAUUGCUGCGUCGUACGAUCUGGGUGACGAGGUCGGCCGGGAGAACUUGAAGAAGGUGCUGGCGGAAAUGUUGGCUUGCGGCGAUCUUGGCGAGGGCAACGUGAAGACGAUUAUGGUCAUCUUUGAGCGGUUGGUGGGUGACGUCGAGGAGCGGUUCCGAUUCUGUGUGGAUUUGAUCAACGGAAUUUUGGAACCCUCGCGGGCGGACGUUUCCAACACGUCGCGAUCGUUGGUGGAUGAGUACUUGGAAAAGAACCCGGACAAGAGUCUGCAGAUGAAGAUUUCCUCGCUUCGGUUGAACAUAAUGGACUUGAAGGAGCAGGAGAUGGACAAGGUCAACAAGAAGGAUUAAGGCGGUGCGCAGCGAGCGUCGGACGAGUUGACCGCGCCAAUGACGUACACACGGUCACUAUCCGGUUCAUGUACAAAUGGAACUAGCAGAAGUCUGAACACAUCCAGUUCUACAACAUUGUCUUCCAGCGGAUUAUGAAGGUGUUGAAGAUUAUCGAGAUGGGGCGGAAGAACUUUGAUCCGUCCGCGCCGAAGCUCAUUCAGCAGAACCGGCUGGAAAUCUGACUGGGGGAGCGCCGUUGACGAGUCCCAAGGUGGACUGAUGUUCAAUCUGGACGUUUCGCGUCGUGUUCUGCUGCAGAUCACCGACAUGAGGACUUUUUCUGCCUCGAUCUGUACGAGAUCAUCUAAAAGGAAGACUACAAAAGUAAGGAUGAUGACGAUUUGAAUGUUCCAGUAGGACUUCCUGUCGCCGUAGUGAAGCGAACGAGGUGGAUGAAAAGAAGCCGGUGAGAUUA